AUUGUUAUUGACGAACAAUUACAAGCAAACUAUUAGAGAAAUUUAAACUUUGAAAAGUAUUAUGGGGUCCAGUUUACCUCAUAGGUCUCUCGUGAAUGACGGAAACGCAGAAACGAAAUGUCAAUUUUAAAUUUUAUGCUAUUGUUGAUGAGUGCUUUAUUUGUAUUCCGAGGUUUUCAAACAGUGAUUUUAACUUUAAAAUUAGACUAGUAAAAGAAUGAUUAAUGGGUAUAAAUGUUUCGUGAUCAAGAUUACUAAUGAUAUGUAAAGUAAGGUUAAACGAGAUCCACGGAUUUGAAUUUUGUUUGCCUUUCUGACAACUGGUAUUAAAAAAAAAAACACAAAAUGGGAAAUGUGUUUUCAUCAGCAGGCCACUGUAUUUUAGAAAUGUUUAUAGCUGUAAGUUCUGGUGCUGUUGGUGUUGGCUACUUGUUAGUGAAAGGUUUUCAAAAUAAUUUCUUCAGAAACGUAUUUGCAGCAAGCCUUACCACUACUUGUUUAAUUUAUGUUUUUUAUAAUGACGAGUUGGAUAAACCAACAAAAGACAAAGUGGUAUUUAUUACUGGUUGUGACUCUGGACUGGGCUUUUCCAUAGCCCAACAUCUUUGUGAGGAAGGUUUUACAGUAAUCGCUGGGCUUUUAAAUUUAAAUUCGGAUGGUGCCAUUGAAUUACGUAAAAUUUUUGGAAAUAAAAUAAGAUAUGUCCAUUUAGAUCUAACAGACAUUUCUUCUAUUAAUGUUGCUGUAGACAGCACAGUGCAAUAUCUUGAUGAAAACAAAGAUUAUAAGCUGUGGGCCUUAAUAAAUAAUUCAGGAGUAAUGGUGUUUGCAGAAUUUGAAUGGCAAACAGAAAGACUUAUUCGGCAGCAGGUAGAAGUCAAUUUAUUGGGGACAUUAAAUUUAACAAGAGCCUUCUGUCCUCUAUUAAGAAGAUACAAAGGAAGAGUAAUUACAGUUACUAGUCAUUGUGCACAAGCAUGUUUACCGGGGUUAUCUGUUUAUGGGGCCACAAAAGCAGCACUAUCAUCAUGGAACGAUGGUAUUCGCUUGGAGUUAAAAAAAUAUGGCGUUAAAGUGAUAAACUUUAUACCCGGAUCUUUUAUUGCUCAAAGUAAUAUUAUGAUGAGCCAUCAAAAUAACUGCAAUGAGAUGUAUCAAAAUUUGACACAAGAGCAGCAAAUGUUUUAUAAAAAUUACUUUGUAAAAUACAACAGCUACCUGAACCAGUUAAGUAAGCCUAAAUCCCCAAAGAAAAUUGACGAUUUCGGAUUAUAUGAAGAAUUGGAAAAAGCUAUUUUACAUGUAUCGCCUAAAGCAAAGUACAUUAAUGAACCAUUAAACUAUAAAUUGUAUCAUUUAUUGUUUAAAUGGAGUCCAACAUCAUACAUUAGAGAUUUGUUUAUAGUCCGUUUUAUGCAAGUGCCUGCAUUUGAAAAGUCUGAUAAAAAUAUAAAAUAAAAUUGAAAAUUAGAGAUUUGAUUAUUUAAAUAAAGAUUACUUUGUUUUUUUUUUCUUACCUUGCGUAUAUUCCUUUUCUCUACAAUAAUCAUUUGUAAACCUGUUUUCUUUAUAAUUUUGCGAAGAAUAGUUCAGCUUAAAUCUUUUAUUGUGUAUAUUUAAGUAAUUAAAAUAAAUAUAAACAGGCUUUAAUAUGCUGUA